CAUUUGACAACCAAAAAUAUCAAUGUCACAGUGACGUGUACGGUUUUCAUGAUAUGACUUAUUGAUUCCAAAAAAUCCUAUGAAUUUAAUUUAAUAGUUUGAAAGAAAAUAGUUGUAAAAUGGCGAGCAAAAGCAAGCAGGUUGCAGACGGAAGCAAUAAGGUUAAACUACAGGAUUCAGCAUGGAAGCGAGCGUUAGUUGCGAACGCUGAAUGGCCGGACAAGGAAGAGUUCCUAGACGUUAUCUACUGGAUGCGUCAAGCUAUGGGCAUUAUUUUGGGUCUGUUUUGGGGCCUACUGCCAAUGAAAGGCUUCGUUGGUUUAUUACUGUUUGUCCUAGUAAAUGCAGCAGUAAUUUACUUUUACGUUAACAAUUUCCAAAAUAUUGAUGAAGAAGAAUACGGUGGUUUAUGGGAAAUAACUAAGGAAGGUUUCAUGACUUCAUUCGCUGGAUUUUUGGUAACUUGGAUUAUAAUUUACACAGGGCUACACAUUGCAGACACUUUAUGAGACACAACUUGAACCAAAUGAGUGCUAGAGUAUCAAGCCAAGACUUUUACGAGAGAGUCCUAGUACAAAGUAUGUGAACAGUAUGUUCCGUGGUUUCUACACUAAAUAUAAGCUCGUUUUGUUGUUGCUUUUAUAAAUAUCACUCGGAUUGUUCAUACAUUUCCAUUUUGUUUUCUUAUUUUAGAUUCAUAGUCUAAUUUAUUAUAAUUUCUAGUCCUUACAAUGAGGUUCUAUGUCUGUACAUUGUACAUUUUUUGUUGUAAGGAUUUUAAAUCGAUAAAUGUUUAAAUCCUGUGUCGGAUAUGUUCAACUCACUUUAGAUAUCAACGAAAUUAAGUUUAGAUAUGUAAAUUACAUACAGAAUUACAUAAUCAACAUUUUUAUGUGUGCAGUCUUCUAGCCAGUGCCAAUUAGGGCUAAAUUUUGUACCGUUUGUAAAGCAAUAAUUUUAUAAGUUUUGUAAGAAUUUGUGUAUGGCUGCAUGCUAUCAUUCGGUAUAAUGUGUAUGCAGGUUGCUUACUAUUGAUAUGUGUAAAGGAUGUUGACAUUGAACAUAAUUUGUUUAUCUAUGUUUAGAAACAUCCCCUUAUGAUUUUGUUUAAUCUUCUACAGGUCAGCCCUGUAAACACUAGGAAUACUUCAAAAUUGUUGAAACAAUACCAUUUCUAAGCUAAUUUAUUACCCUAUAUUAACUUUUGGGAUAAUAUCAAAAUGUAUAUGCAAUACCCAAAAAACUAAGAAACAUUAUCAAGACAAAAUUGGUCGCAAAAAGUUUUAAGUACAAUGUAUUGUAUUUAAGAUAAUAUCUAUUCCUACAUUAAUGCUCUAUUUAAAAAAGAUGAAUAAUAUCAAAAUUUUGUAUAAAUUCUCUGGUCUAACUGCGUAUUUGGCGUCAAGAGAUGUAAUUGGAUUCUUUCAUGCUUCAUAGAAAGAAUGCACUAACAUUUUUUGACAAUUUUGUUUCGACAAUAAUGACUCGAGAGCCCUCCUUCUUGUCUCCAGGGUUCUCUAUAGCAGUUAAACCUUAGAAUGGAUAUUAAAAAUUUGUCCAGACUUUGAAAAAUUCUUAAUUAUUUUUCAGUCUAGACAAUAUUAAUAUUAUAGGAUUAGGAUUGGUUUUAUGAAGUGUAUGUAGAUAUGCUGUGAGUGGAGUUAGUGUUGCCGCGUACUGCGCUACAUGACACAUAUCAUCAUAGUAACUCGAUCUGUGCAGGAUUGAUAGAGUCAUAAACAAUGUCUGAUCCCUUCUUCAACUAGAAAACAAUACAAUUUGUCGAUGCGUUGGUUGCGUAUAAUUAUAAAAGCUUAGUAUGUGGCAACACUGACCCUGGAUGAAUAUAUCGCUGUUGGCAAUAUUUCUCCGUCUGCAUUUCUGUAGUAUUUAUUUAUAUUAAUGUAAGUAAAACAUUACUUGUUAAGUUUUUAUCAAUUUUCCUCAGAGUUCAAUCAAUAUGGAUAUAAUUUAUUUUGAAUAUGCAAUAAUAAUGGUACGUUUGUAAUGUUAUUUGUUGCGUGUUUGCUCCCGAUGAGUUUGCAGUAAUAUCCUUAUUUUGAACAAAUAUAAAUGGUUGAUUUAAUAAAGUUUUUGUAACUUAA